CCUUUAUACGUUACAUAUCGAGGAGGAUUAAAACAGAUAAACUGCGAUAUCCUGUUCUUCUGUCAUGUAGUCACAGUUUCUGUAAAGAGUGUCUUCAUCAGUUCUGGAGAACUAAAGAAACUCAGGAGUGUCCUGUCUGCAGGAGAAGAUCCUCAAAACUCGAACCUCCUCCUAAUCUUGCAUUACAAAACCUGUGUGAGUUGUUCCUGAAGCAGAGAAAUGAGAGUCGUUCAUUAAGAUCUGAGAAGAUCUGCAGUUUACACGGUGAGAAACUCAAACUCUUCUGUCUGGAGGACAAACAGCCGGUGUGUGUAGUGUGCAGAGACUCAGAGAAACACAUCAAUCACACAUUCAGACCCAUCAGUGAAGCUGGUCCAUCCUAUAAGGAGGAGCUCUAUACACCACUGAAGUCCUCACAAGAGAAACUUAAACACACAGAAAGCAUUAAAGGAAAGUUGGAGAAAACAGGACAACACAUCAAGAACAAAAAUGAUCUCAUCAAGAAAAGCAUCUUAAUUGAAGAUGGAAAUCCUGCUCGAUAUCGUCUGCAAACAAGGACAGACAAUUUGCAUCAAUCUAAACCAUACAGAAAAAUGAUCUUUGGAGUGAGAGACAAAAACAAACCCCAUAAAACCAUUCUGAUGGCUGGAGAAACAGGAACAGGAAAAACAACCCUGAUCAAUGUGAUGGUCAACUACAUGUUGGGUGUUCAGAGAGAAGACAAGGUUUGGUUUGAGAUCACAGAUGAUCAGAGCGACCAAACAUCAGUUCACAGACAGACCUCCAGCAUCACUGUUUAUGGGUUUUAUCUACAAGAGAGUCCAAUCCAUUUAACAAUCAUCGACACACCGGGAUAUGGAGACACACGUGGAAUUGAUCUUGAUAAACAGAUCGCUGUGAGUUUGUACAAUUUAAGUGACUCUGCAGAAGGGAUUCAUGAAAUAGAUGCAGUGUGUCUGGUGAUUAAUGCAACACAGAAUCGUUUCUCAGACAGACAAAAAUACAUUUUUGAUGCUGUUCAAUCUUUAUUUGGAAGAGAUUUUGCUGAAAACAUCAUCUUGCUCGUCACACACUCAAAUGGAUUUCCACCUAAAAAUGCCCUGACGGCUGUUAAAGAGGCUAAACUCAAGUGUGCAGUGAAUGACAAGAAUCAGCCAGUGUUUUUCCUGUUUGAUAACUGCCAGUCAGACGCUGCUGAUGAACAAUAUGAAACAAUCCAAGAACACUCAUGGAAUCUCAGUGUUAGAGGAAUGGAACAAUUCUUCAAUUUUCUUGACACAAUACAACCAAAAUCCUUGAAGAUGACUCGAGAUGUGUUGCAGAAACGAAAACAGUUGGAGACAAAUAUCUACAAUCUACAAUCACGGGUGCAAGAGAUGGAAAUAAAGCAAAAUGAGCUGAAACAAACUCAAGCAGCUCUGGAGCAGAACAAGCAACAUGUCGAAGAAAAUCUAAACUUUGAGUAUGAAGUUGAAGUGACCCACAAAGAAAGGGUUAAUAUUGAUCCUGCUUUAGCCAGUGUGGCGAUGUGCUGCACCGUCUGUGAGGAGAACUGUCAUUAUCCAGGAUGCUGGUGGGUCAGCGGUCUCUCGUGGUGCAGCGUGAUGAAAAAUAAUCACUGUACAGUUUGCACUGGUAAGUGCCACUACAGCAAACACAUCAAAGAAACUAAAAUAUAUGUGACAAAGAAAAGGAAGGAGAAGAGGAUAUAUACAGAUUUAAAGAAGAAGUAUGACAGUAAGACUAGGGAUGGUGUGUUUGUGGUUAAGAAGCUGGAAGAAGAGCUGCAAGAAUUAGAGAAAGAGAAAAUAAAUCUGGUGAAAGAUGCUUUCGACUGUGUGGAAACUCUGCAGAAGAUCGCACUCAACACUGAUUCACUGUUCACUCUUCAGCACACUGAUUUCCUGUUUGAGAAGAUGAAGGAAAUUGAUGAACUUGAAAAGGCCAAAACACUGGAAAACAUCAAGAAGAGAGCAGGAGAAGAAAAACAAGGAGCACUUGGAUACUUUACAAGAUUUUUUAAAAAAUAAACAAAUCAUAUCUUAGCUACUCGAACCCUGCUAACACUCUGAAAACAGGAUCCUGAUUUUUUUUUCUGCUUCUUUCAUAAACAUGUCUUUCAUAUGAUAUAAAGCUAUAUUAUCAUUCAUUGUAAUUGUUUUAUGUAUCUAACAUCUAUCAUCUGACUUGCACUGUAUCUAUAUCCUCACAAUUUUUUCAUUUGAAAAUUACUUUGGAUAAACAGUAGCCUAACUGCUAAAGUAACUGAUGUAAAAUACUAUGGUGAUUACUCUAGUGUUUGUCCUGGAAUACAACACAAGCUGACAACACUAUAAUGUAAACAGUUUAUACAGUAAGAUUCAAUUGAAAAUGUAGCAAUUAAAUUGUAAAAGACACAACCAAAAUAUUGAAAUGUAUCAUAAAAUUAUGUGUGCAAUCAUGGUCAUUAAGAGGCUGAUUAGUGACUAUUUAGAUUCUAUUAUUAAAGGCUGCCACAUAUGAAAAAAUGUUGCAUAUUCUUGAUGUAAAGAAACAGUGAAAAAAAAUCUGAGACUGUCACAGAAGCUCUUAUUGGACUGUGUUCAUCUUCUAUGACAGCGUUUCCCAAUCCCAGUCCUCGCUCUUGAAAUCCUGAACAGUAGUUUUGCUUCUCUGAAGGUGUGGAUAUAGAAAAUCAUUUUUAGGGUGGCAAAGGGGUGGCAUGGGGUCUAUGAGGGGUGGCAACACUAAUGCAAGCCCCCAUGCAUAGUUUUUGGGGAUUUAUUGUCUGACAUGCCCAGUUGUAUUCACAAAUUUUGCAUUAGGCUGUGUAGUCUGUAUAGUCAUAGUAUAGAUACUGUUUAAAAUGAAAAAAUAACGUUCAGCUCUCUCCAUUGAUAUGCAAAUAUUCUGAUUGGUGUCAUCAGUUUUGCUACCUAAUGUUUAAUACUCAUUGUUAAACUUUUUGAGAAAUGUGUCUUUGUUUUGAGAACUGAAUUAAUGGUUUGGGAAAAUGGAUCAACUAAAAUGUUAUAUUAUGUUAACAAUCGAGAAAACUGCAAUACA